UCUGAGUGUGUGAGUGUGAGUGUGAGAGGGAGUGUGUGUGAGUGUGAGAGAGGGUGUGUGUGAGUGUGAGAGGGUUUCUGAGUGUGUGAGUGUGAGUGUGAGAGGGAGUGUGUGUGAGUGUGAGAGAGGGUGUGUGUGAGUGUGAGAGGGUUUCUGAGUGUGUGAGUGUGAGUGUGAGAGGGAGUGUGUGUGAGUGUGAGAGAGGGUGUGUGUGAGUGUGAGAGGGUUUCUGAGUGUGUGAGUGUGAGUGAGUGUGAGGGCGGGCGGCAAUGGCGCGGCUGCGGCUCCUGCUCCCUCUCCCGCGGGCCCGGUGCUGGGGAUUCCGGGCGCUGUUCGCCUCUUUGCUGCUGCUGGCCGCGCUGCAGCUGCUCUACCUCGGCCUCCUGUCGGCGAUGCACGGCCGCCAGCAGCGGCUCCGCUACUCCCGGGGCGGAGGGCGGCCCGGGGCUGCUGCCCGGGGAGGAGAGCCCCAGUCCCGGGGAGCCCUGACGCUGGGACCGGGGAGGCUGGACCCGAGCGGGCGGUACCGCCUGUACCAGGACGUGGGCCGGAGCCCGGUGGCUGGUGAUGCCGGGGACUUGGAGCUAAGCUUGGCCACUCACAGCUCCCUACACAACCUGCACCACCUGCCUGCCCUGGCACGGCGUUGGCAGGGUCUCCUGGCAGUGGCAGUGUUCGCUGGCCCAGGGGAGCUGAGUGCCAGCCUGCAGCUCAUUCACAACCUGGAGGGGCACUGUCCGUGCCUGCGCGGCCGGGUCACCUUCACCUUGGUCACUCCCAGCGGGCCGCCGGAGAAGGGGGCUGCGCCAGGGCCGGGCGGAGGGGAGCCCGGGACCCGGGACCCCCAGGGCGGGGAGCCCCCGGACCCUCACCCGGCCUGCCGCAGGGCGCUGGCCCAGCUGCGCCGCUACGGCCUGGGCCGGGCCAACUACGCCCUCUCGGCCGGCCCCUACCCCAACAACCUGCUGCGGAACGCGGCGCGCCGGGCCCUGCCCUCCCGCCACGUGCUGGUCAUCGACGUGGACAUGCUGCCCAGCGCCGGGCUGCACCCGGGCUUCCUGCGGCUGCUGGGCCGCCCCGAGGAGGGCCGGCCCGGCGCCGGCCGCACCGUCUACGUGGUGCCCGCCCUGGAGAUGCGCCACACCCGCCGGCUGCCCCAGCACAAAGCCGAGCUCCAGCAGCUCUACCAGGUGGCCGAGGUACGGCCUUUCUAUGCCGAGCUGUGUCCGCGGUGCCAGGCCCCCACCAACUACAGCCGCUGGAUCAACCUACCCGCCGCCGCCACCGCCACCACCAGUACCAGCAGCACCGGGCCCGCGCUGCGGGUAGCCUACACACAGGAGUGGACAGACCCCUGGGAACCUUUCUACAUCUCCCGCAACACCGUGCCCCCCUAUGACGAGAGGUUCGAACAAUACGGCUUCAACCGCAUCAGUCAGGCCUGUGAACUCCACGUCGCUGGCUACACUUUCGCAGUGUUGGACAAUGCCUUCCUCAUCCACAAAGGCUUCAAGCUGGCCAGUGAGUUCCACCCGCAGAAAGACGAGGAGAACAGACGCAACAGGAUUCUUUUCCGCCAGUUCAAGCAGGAUCUGAAGCUAAAAUACCCGGACUCACCCCGGUGGUGCUGAAACCCAUUCCACCCGCAGAGGAAGCUGUGACUCACUAGGGAAACCAGAGACCGACUCCUCUCUCGUUCCCAGAGAGGUAAUUGUGACCGAUGCUUUCCUACUUCAAUUGCAGGAAGCAGAAAGACUAUUUUAGCCCAUCCACGUGCUGGUCUUUUAGAAAUGAUUUGGAGGUGCCGGUGUUGGACUGGGGUGGACAAAGUUAAAAAGCACACAACACCAGGUUAUAGUCCAACGGGUUUAUUUGGAGGCGCUGUUGGGCUACGAGCUGGUGUUGUGUGAUUUUUAACUUCAUGUUUUAGAAACAAACUCUUGAGACAUUUUACAAUUAAAAACCGAACACUGUGGACGCUGCAAAUCAGAAACAGAAAUUGGUGGGAAAACUCAGCAGGGCUGGCAAAAUCUGUGGAGAGAGGUCAGAGUUAAUGUUUCAAGUCAUGGAGUUGACCGGUGCUUUGGAAACAGGCCCUUCGGUCCAACUUGUCUGUCCCACGUUAUUCUUGUCCCUUUCACCAGUCCAGUGACCCUUAGCAUCGAUGCUAGCCAGGAAACAAAGUUGAUUUUCUUUCUAUUUUCAGAACAUUUGAGACUCCUAUUUUUCUUCCCCCCCCGACACACUACUACCUGACAGAGGUAAUGUUUAUUUUUCCCCAGCACCUUGUCAUGUGUAUACAGGUGUUGGACAGUGAGAAAAAAUGUGUAAAUCUUUAUUUUUAUUCCACCAUUGGGAAGAUAGGAAACACCCAAGUGGCCACUGACAAGCAGUGUCCUUCUCAUCAUUAAUGCUGCAUGAUCAAACAGUGAAGGGAAGGGCAGGGAUUAAAUCAAAGUUGACUUUUAUAUAGAUUCUUUGGGGGUGGAGAUAUAGUCCAAAGGAAGACAGAACAGUUGGACAAAGGAGUGGAUGGUCAAGAGUACUUUUCCAGUACUACUUGCCACACUGAUCUUCAAUAGCUGCAUUCUCUUUCUCCUAAUACAAGAGUGAUACGAUCUGGCACAGGAUAACCUACUGGUUUCCAAGAUGAAAAUCCAACAAUUUGGAUACACCUCCAUUUUAUUAAUCAGUCAGCUAUCUCACACAACCCCUAGUUAGCCACUAACGGCCAUUCUCCCACCCUGAUCAUUAUCCACUCUUUGUCUGUCCAGCUGUUCUGCACCUUUGGGCUCUAUCCCCACCUAUCAUUUAUACUCCUCACAGCCCCCCUCCCACUUCUCACCUAUUAUUAUUUUCUGCAUAGUAUCCACAAAGUUUCUUCCAUUAGUUCUAAGCAGAUUCUGCCAAACUUGCUGAGCUUUUCCAGUAACUUUGUUUCUGGGUCUUUUUGGUUUGAUGUCUUUCCAAGUUUAGUUACAUCUUAAGUGAUCAUUGGAAAGUUGUGUGGGGGUGGGGAAAAUGUAAGAGAAAGUAGCUCCAUAAACCACAAAUCAGUUAGACACUACAUAAAGCAGUAUUAUAGAUUUAAAACAGUAAGCUAUUAAAUGGUGUUUGCUCAGCUACUCCUGUGAUCAUGGUUUCCUUAUAACCUUCAAGGCCACUGUCCUCAGUUACCUUAAAAACAUCAGCCUGCUGAAUUCAGGCCCAGAGUUCUCACUAGAAACAGUUGCCUGUUUUAUUUAGUAUAUGCAAUGGUCUCAGUGAGGAGACACCUUUUACCUGGUGGCAUCCAUAAGAAUCUGAACUCUUCAAAUAUCCAGGAGGUUGGCUGUUAAUGCACACUAAACCAGGAUAUCUAGAUCACAUGGGUGCAAUAGCACUGGGUCAGAAACACCCAGGUAUCAUGUUGGUACAUUUUGUAUCAUGAAUGAAUAAAUUAUUUAAAUUAUCA